AGUCUUUUGACUUGUCAUGCCAUGUCAAGCUACCCCACAUAUGUUUCCAAUUCCUCCCUUGCCCAUAACCCCUACUCCCAGUCGUAUAGGCUAGCAGCGGGCUGCUCCCUAUUGCCAAUGCCAUGCAGAGGUUCUUACGCGCGGUUUUCCGUAGCACAGGAGCGGAAGGGAACAAGACAAUGAUGAACGAUCCGCGCAAUGACGGCUACGAACCGAUCGGCGAUUUACCGUCGGAAACGAUCGCACAAGCCCAGGAGGGAAGGGCGCACGGAGUGGUGGAGAUCGAGGCGCUGGCCACAGUAUGGUCGACCAAGACUCUCCAUAUUGGAUAUGCUCUAGUGUUCUUGAUAUUCUUCACAAACUCAUUUCAACAAGAGACGACGGGUAGUCUCUCACCGUAUGUGUACUCGAAGUUCAGCAAUCAUUCUUUGGUAUCAAGGACGAAUGUCCUAACAAGCAUUAUCGGUGGGGUAUCAAAAUUGCCGGUCGCCAUGUUGAUUGAUGUCUGGGGCCGUCCGAAAGGGUUUGCAGUUACGACUGCUCUAUGCACGCUAGGACUCUUCUUGAUGGCAAUCUGUGGAAAAGUGGAAACUUAUGUCGCUGCACAGAUUAUAUACUGGGUUGGAUACAAUGGCAUGGACUACGUUCUCCAUGUCUUUCUCUCCGAUACCACGGAUUUGAUCAACCGAUCGUUUGUCUAUGGCCUGGCAUACACCCCGUAUAUUGUCACUACAUUUGCUGGCCCCGCAGCAGCACAGAAAUUCUACGAGAAGGGAGCCUUAUGGUGGGGAUUUGGCACAUUCGUCAUCCUCACUCCACUUGUCACUGCGCCAUUCAUGUGGUUGCUCUGGAGCACAUUGCGGAAAGCAUACAGCACAGGAUUGAUCCGAAGGAACUAUAGUCGCAGAAGCUGGUGGCAGUCCGUCAAGCAUUAUAUUAUUGAGUUUGACACUAUCGGGCUUUCCUUAGUCACUGCGGCGUUCACUCUAGUGCUUCUGCCGUUAACUCCAACAUCACAAGACAGCACCAGCGACAUGGCCUCGGGGAGUAAAUGGAGAUCCCGAUCCCCAGAUCCUAUAACGAUGCUAUGCGUGGGCAUGCUAUUUUUUGUCGCAUUUGUGCUUUGGGAGCGCUUUUGUGCCCCGGUCUGCUUUCUACCUUUCAACCGAUUGAAAGACAAAACUUUACUAGGAGCUUGCUUCCUCGCUGCUGCCAUUUUUGCCAGCUUCUACUGCUGGGAUCUAUAUCUUUCCUCCUACCUCCAAGUGACCUUCAACACCAGCAUCCGAGAAACGGGCUACAUCUACAACAUCUACACCAUAGGCACAUGCAUCUGGUCUGUGCCACUCGGACUAUUUAUCCGGCACGUCGACCGCCUAAAAUGGAUCGCUCUAGCCGCCAUGCCUCUAAUAUUCCUCGGAACCGGCCUAAUGAUCCAAUUCCGUUCCCCACAAAGCCACAUCGGAUACAUCGUGAUGUGUGAAAUCUUCAAAGCCAUCGCAGGAGGCACUCUGGCAAUCUGCCAGCAAAUGGCCGCCAUGGCCACUGGCAGCCACGAAACGGUCGCCGUAUCCUUCGCGCUCGUGGGUCUAUUUUCUAAAAUGGGGGCAGGCAUCGGAUCCGCCAUUUCCGGAAUAAUCUGGACGAGCACCGUCCCCGUAUAUCUGCAGAAGUACCUUCCUCCGGAGAAGAAGCAUAAAGUUGCCGAGUUGUAUGGGUCGAUCGAGGCGGUGUUAUCGUAUCCGCCCGGAACGCCAGAGCGGGAUGCUACGAUCCUUGCGUAUGGGGUGGCGCAGCGACGGAUGCUUAUUGCUGGGCUUCUUAUACUUCCGCUUGCGGUUGGGUCUAUUUUGAUGUGGAGGGAUGUUCGGUUGAAGAAGAUGAAUCAGGUCAAGGGAACUGUGUUUUGAAUAUACAUGCUACGCUACUUCAUGUUCAAUUUCAUGUGAGCGCAUAUAUACCAGGAUAGACUUUGUACAUAGAGUAUUUUUUCUAGCGGUUAGUUACUUCUUGAGAUAGACUUCAUUGUGAAUGUGCUCCACAACUGGACGAGAAAUAAGUUUGUGUUGUGCUCUUACUAGGGCAUGGGAGGAUCAGAGUAUAUAUAGGGCGUUUCUGGGAUCGAUGAAGUAUUUUACUUGAGUUAUAACGCUACACCCAUUCUUUGUUCGGGUGUCCC